GAAGCAUUCGGCCUCCCUUCACCUUCUGCGGUUCUCCAGUUGUGGCCGAAAGGAAUGCUUUCGACUAGCAACUGCGUGACUGUACACUCUGUGCUCUCACUCUCGUGCUAUCUCGCUUGGUGCUCUCGUACCUGACCCCUAACUAUACCGUGCGCACCAUCUUUGCGAACUUUUUUUUCUGUUUACUCUUUUCUUUCUUUACGGGCGAUUCUAGGCUGUGGUCUUUGUGCAAUCACUGCCAACAGAGGAGCAACUUAGAUACACAUGAGGCCAUGAGACAUGGCACGAUGGCAGUUUAGGGGGAAAAGCAAGCACGACAUACCUUCAGUUAGACGUCGCUCGUCGCACACUGGUGGUUUUUACCCAUUGACAGGGAAGCUUAUAAGUUUUUUUUUAUUUUAAGCAGUUCUAGUAAAAGAGGGUUUGAUAAAAUAUGCAUUUAGACAUAGCGGGAACAAGAGGGACAGAAAAAUGGCAAAUGGUGCUUUGUCUCCAGUUAUACUACGUAUAGAUCGUGUCGACGUCUCCCAUGUGUUAAUGGAUUGUGUACGUACCCAUGAGAAUGACGUAUGUGAGUGCAUGCAUCGUCACCACGUUCAUUUGGGUCGUCUUCUUCAUACACGCGAUGGCUGAGACAAGGGUUUGUCAUUUUACCAGACAUGCAACCCGUGAGGCGCAUUCCUCUGUCGGGUGGAAAGCAGGUUAGCUCUGAUGGUGUACAACCACAAGCAUCACGCAAACCCUGUUGAGAAUAUUCUUGAGCUUAUACUAAAUGACCACCCUUCUUCGCUGGUAGUUAAUGUGCACCUUUAUGUUCUGUAGUUUAGAUCUCGUGCAUUUUAAAACCGUUGACGGUUGAGUCUUAAAUCCCAGAAGGUAGGUCAUGUUGUUGGUAGUCCAUUUCAGUACUUUGGUGUACGUGGCUUUCAGCGUCCAAUGCGAGGUGAACGAACCCACCGGAACUAUCAGAAUGUACGCUCCGGAUGGUACAUUUAUUGGCACGGCUAUAAAUAUGGUGGAAUUAUUCUCGCUUGCUUACCCUUUCAUACCAUUAACACUCAUUCGAUAGAAUGAGUCUCUCGCUCUCUAUCACAUCUCUUUCGAAUACGUGUUCCAACCAAAAAAAAAGAAAUUGCAGGCAAAGAGAAAGGCGAAUAGCUUCACCAGGUUUGAAAUAGUUCCUUCGCUUGAUCGAUAAAACCAUCCUCCACUUCUUCGCUCCCAUUUUCUGGGACUCCAACACCACAACCUGCCCCAAAAACAAAACUCCUCUCAUCCCAUACGUCUCACUCUGCUCUCACAUUCUUAGUACAUUCUUUUGGGUUGCGUUGUUGAUGCGGAAUUACGUUAGGUCCCAAAGCGUUCCAAGAGUCCUUCGAGUGAGGUCCUUCUAAGCGUGAGAGCAUUCUGUUUUUCGCGUUUUUUGGCAACUGGAACAAAAACAAACCAGAAUUUUGUAAUAAUUUACUACUGGGGCCGCGUGUGUUGUAAAACCGAGCGGUGUAUAAGAAUAAUUCUGUUGAAAGGAGCAGAAGCACAAUUGUCGCUUACCAAGGUCUCUUACCAACGAUUUCAUGGAGCAACGGGAGGAUAGUAGCAGUAGUCGCAUUAAUGCGCAGCUGACGAAGAAGGCACGGCGUACGAUGGGACACAAUGUGCAGGUGGCGGUCGCCACACUCAACCAAUGGGCGAUGGACUUCCAGGGUAAUCUCGAGCGCAUCCUGCUAUCGAUCAAUAUUGCCGCGGCAAAUGGCGCCACCUAUCGGACCGGACCGGAGCUCGAAGUUAGCGGAUACAGUUGCGAAGAUCACUUUCACGAGCCGGACACGUAUCUGCAUUGCUGGGAAGCGCUGGUCGAGAUCGUGCAGGCACCGAUUGCGCAGGGUAUGCUGAUUGACGUCGGUAUGCCGGUGCAGCAUCGUAAUGUCGCGUACAACUGCCGAGUGGCGUUCUACAACGGCCAUAUCGUAUUGAUCCGACCUAAGAUGAUCAUGUGCGACGAUGGAAAUUAUCGUGAAACGCGCUGGUUCUCGCCCUGGACGAAGGAGCGCCAGACGGAGGACUAUCAGCUGCCCCGGUUUGUGGCACUGGCGCUCGGCCAAGACUCAGUACCGAUCGGUGAUGCGGUCAUAGCCACGCUCGACACCUGCCUCGGGUACGAAAUCUGCGAGGAGCUGUGGAACCCACGCAGCAAACACAUCGACAUGUCGCUAGCCGGCGUCGAGAUCAUUGUGAACGGGUCCGGUAGCUACAUGCAGUUACGCAAAGCACACAUCACGACCGAUCUGAUUCGAAACGCCAGCUACAAGGCGGGCGGCGCAUAUCUGUUUAGCAAUCUGCGCGGUUGCGAUGGGCAGCGAGUGUACUUUAACGGCUGCUCGGCAGUUGCCCUGAACGGUUCAAUCAUAGCCCGGGGUCAGCAAUUUGCGCUCAGCGAGGUGGAUGUCACGGUGGCAUCGUUCGAUCUGCAGGACAUCCGGGCGUAUCGGGGUGCGUUGCGGUCCCGCAGCUCCCUGGCCGCAUCCGCACCGACGUACCCGCGCAUACAACUGCAGCUCGAGCUGGCUUCCUCUGAUCGGGAUCAUCCGGGUACGCCGGCAAGCAGCCCGCUCGGUGAAUGGGUUUACCACCUGCCGGAAGAAGAAAUUGCGCUCGGGCCAGCCUGUUGGCUUUGGGAUUAUUUGCGCCGUUCCGGACAAGGUGGAUUCUUUCUUCCGCUGAGCGGUGGCGUCGACUCGAGCAGUACUGCCAUCAUCGUGUAUUCGAUGUGCCGACUGGUGGUGAAAGCGAUCGAGCAGGGUGACCGGCAGGUGAGGGACGACUGCCGGAAGAUACUGGCAGAUCCGGAGUAUGUGCCGACGAACGCAUCGGAACUGUGCGGCCGGUUGCUGUUUACUUGCUACAUGGGCACGGAAAACUCGAGCCGAGAAACACGUGCCCGGGCGGCUACGUUAGCCGGUCAGAUCGGGAGUUCGCAUCUGGACAUCGGUAUCGAUGGAGCGGUCAGUGCACUGCUCGCUAUCUUCCAGCUAGCGACCGGAAUGCGUCCCCGUUUCCGGGCGGCUGGCGGUUGCCCUCGGCAAAAUCUCGCCCUACAAAACAUCCAGGCCCGAACGCGCAUGGUUCUGUCGUAUCUGUUCGCGCAGCUGAUGUUGUGGGUGCGUCAACGACCCGGCGGAUUGCUAGUGCUCGGUUCGGCUAACGUCGACGAGGCACUGCGCGGGUACAUGACCAAAUACGAUUGUUCGUCGGCAGACGUCAACCCAAUCGGGGGUAUCUCGAAGGUGGACCUAAGACGGUUCCUUGCCUACGCACAGAUCGAAUAUGGGUUGUCGGUGGUGGCGGAUAUUGUGGCGGCACCACCGACCGCCGAAUUAGAACCCCUCGUAGACGGAGCGAUCGCGCAGACAGAUGAGGAGGACAUGGGGCUCACAUACCAGGAGCUGAGCGAGUUUGGCCGUUUGCGCAAGCAAGCGUUCUGUGGUCCGUUCAGCAUGUUUUGCAAACUUGCGGCAGCUGCCGUUGCGGACGGUAACCGUGACCCGAAGGAUGUGGCCGAUCGGGUGAAACACUUCUUCCGUUGUUAUGCGAUCAACCGGCACAAGAUGACGGUUCUGACACCUUCAUAUCAUGCGGAAUCGUAUAGUCCGGAUGAUAACCGGUUCGAUCAUCGACCGUUCUUGUACCGAGCAAACUGGACGUGGCAGUUCCGGGCAAUCGAUGCCGAGCUGGAACUGUUGGCGAAGCAUCAGGCACGCACUGAAGAGGAUCGGGCACGAGACGCAUCAGCUCAGCAUCAACACACCGGCAAUGCUACCGCCGCACUGAUCGGUAACGAUGCGAUGUUCUUCUCCGGUGGUGGAGUCGGAGGUAGUGGAGGAGGUGUAAUCGGUAUGAGCAGUGCGGUUAGUGCUCAUCAACUGGUACGCCAAUCGAGUGGGCUAUAUCUGGCAGGAGUCGGUGGUGGUGGAGGUGUUGGUGGUGGUGAUGGUACUGUUGGACAGCUCACCGUUGGAUUAACUAAAUCCCACAGCAGCGGAGGCUACAGUCGUAUGCAUUCCAGUGUCCUGGGCAAAAUAAAGGACCGUACCGGUGUGCCUGUAUAAAAUGUCACCGCCACUAUUCUAAGCACAACACAUACACUAAUAGCUUCAGUUUUUCCCCCCUACGUUUUUGUUUUCCUCCGUAAUACCUUCAGCACAACACUAACUCAUUCACACACCCCCUAUAUUACCAAGGGUGCCUCUCCAAUAACAAUAAUGAAUGACAGUUUGGCAUCUUGGGAAUAAUAAAAAACAAUGGUGUAGAUUCGAACGUAGUUCCUAACGUAACGAUGGUGCACGCACGGAAAGAUGCCAUCAGCACCAUUAAUAAGUAGUGCAGCUGUCUUCGGGGUUUGCCUUUUAGCGUGCUAUUAAGUGUGUAUGCGUGUCUGUAUCUCUAUUUGUCGAAAUGGAGAACAAAUGCAUUACGAUAAAACAUACCGUUUUGCAGAUAAAUUGGUAUGAGCUAGUGGGUCAGAUUGUAAAGUAUGUAGUACGAAUAACCCGAGUACUCUCACUCUUUCACACACACACUAACUAAUACACACAAUAACACACACUAAUCACACUCGCGACUACGAAACAAACCAGUUAGCGAUACUCUGGCGUAGUAUGUCGUAGUAGGAAGCUAUCAGGCGGUUAAAGGUCCUUUAAGCACCAGGUGCUUGUUAAGGCUGGUUAAGAAAGGUCUUUUUUCAUCAUUUGAGUCUUGUAAGUCAUCGAAGAAAAAUAAACAAGAAAUUAUAGGAAAUUUCUUAACGAAGCUAGCCAGGCAUAUAAGUAAAGAUAUAUUGGGCAUAUAUUUUGUAGCGAAUUAUGUUAAGAUGAACUGCACAAAAGCAACAACAACAAAAAUGGAAUUGACGAUCUCUCCGUUCGGCAUUCGGAGCACCUCGAUCGGAGGCUGUAAACCCGUUGUGGUAGCUCAGGUAGUACAGGUUAGGCUACACUUAUAGGACGAUAAAACAUUUUCGAUAUUAGAUGAAUCAAUACACGAAUACAAUACACAAACCUCAUAGAAACAGCCCGUAGGGUAGUAGUAUUAGUAGUAGUUGUUUUGCUGUGUGACACACAGGUUGCCGUAAUCGUUCACGAGUGCGGACUCGGUGACUUACCUUUCUUGGUUCCCCGAUCACGGAAGCUUUAAUGUUCCUUGAGAGUGAGAGAGACAAAAACCGAAAAAAACCUUACCUUUCUCACGUUGCUCCUAACAUAUUCUUCCCCACACAUCCCGAACGCGACCCGGUGCUAUGUGUGGUGAUAGAUAAUUGGUGAAUAUCACCGACAGGUUGUUCACAAAGUUUAUUGUUGAUUUUUAUUUUGUUUUUGUAUGUUUUCUGCCUAUAUUCGGGCUUUUUUUAUGGAUAAAUCAUUAAGGGCAUUCGUUUUUAUUUUAUCUCUUACUGCUUAAGAUAAUAAACUUUUUAACCUAUCUCGGAGGCUGUACGGUUUGAAGAACAAAAGAAAAAAUCUUAAAAUUAGUAACAAAAAAAUGUUUUUAAACGAUGAGAAUUGAACCAACCAAUAUAACUAGCGCACCAACAUUACAAACUCUAUUGGCAAUUACUUCCGCUAGGCGGGAAUAUGAGUGAAACGAAUAAAAGCAAACGUUACCCGUUUUUCGCUACGUUUUUAAUAGUAUCACACAAAUACACGCGGAAGCAGAUAAUACUAAUAAAAGUAAAAUUACCACACAUAUACACAUCUUUCAUAACUUGCGGGAACAAAUAGUAAUUUUAAGUCGUUAAGAAAAAAAUAAACGGUAAUUUUACUGUGCGAAACCAAGUCAAUACGAGUAAAACUUUGAGCAAAAGAAAAAUAAAUAAACCGUAGCGAAUGCGUGUGCGUGUGAUAUUAGCUUACUUUUUCACACUAGCACACUCGGCAAAUGAAAACGGUGUAGAUAAAUUAUAGCAAAAAGUAGAUAAAACCAAAACAUUAGUGUUGUGUCACGGGGCUUAUUUACUAAGCUAGGCGUUGAGCUAUCAUCACAACGAGCCUGAUCUCCAACAUAUCAGGCGAGUUAGCUAGGGUCAACAUUUGGUGGUUGUAUUUUGUAUGUUGUUUAUUCGGAGAAAAAACGAAGUUGCAUCGAAACUUUCCUGAACAAACAACAAAACUAAAUGCAAUCAAAAUGCUAUCCUGAGCUAGCAUUCAACGACAGUUACUUUAGAUAAAAUGCUCAAGAUCGUGAAACGCUAUUUUACAACAACACUACAAAUAAUCGUACGCACACACCCUUUUUGGCUUUAUAUACCAUUCUGAUAAAAUUAGACAGCAGCAGGUAACACACAAACUCACUGACUUAAAAAACAAAAGCAAAAAACAAAGAAACCGUAGCAGUUUAAAUGCAAUUUUGUUAACAGAAGAAAAUAAAUAAAACCGAAACGAAAACGAAAAACUGGAAAAACCAAAA